AUGCGAUUACUUUGGUUUUAUACAUUUGCUUUAGUAUUGAUCUUUGCAUUUGCUUUUCAGCAUGUACAUGGUAAUGAACAUAAAAAACAUGGUGCUGGAGCAAAAGGCAUAAGUCCUCAAAGUGGUAAUCAAGCUAACCGUUUACCACAAAAUCCUCCAGGUGGUGGUCAUGCUAGCGGAUCUCAUGGUAAAGACCAAUCACUAUCACCUAAUCGUGGUAGUUCAAGGGGUAGCAGUUCUUCAUCAGGCCACCAUAGCGAUAAAUCAGGUCACAAGAAAAAAAAACAUCAAGGAAAAGGUGGCAAACAUCACGGAAAAGGUGGCAAACAACAUAAACAAAAAAAAGGCGACGGUAAACACAAGAAACAUUCUAGUGGCUAG